AUGCGGCUUGGGAGCCCCGCUCAUCUCCGGCGGUUUUUCCCUGCUGAGGGCAUGGCUGCCGCAAUCACGUGUUGUUUCUCGCCGCGGUGUCUGGCUACUUCGCGUCAGAUUCACGGACGUUCGGGCAGAGGCGAUCUGUUCUUUGUAAACUCGGAUGCACGUCGCCACGAUAUGCGGGCUCUCGUUCAGCUGCGCGGGCCACGGCAGAGCAGCCAAGCCACCUGCCCUGAAAGCGGUCAGUUGUACUACAAGAAGCUCAUGCUGCAUGCCGUGUCUGAGGGAGCCAAUUCUGGGUCAGAGCAGUACCGACACGCCGCCAGCACGUGGGCCUAUCUCCUUCCUUCCCUGUUGCGUUGCGCCGAACUUGCUGUUGCGGAAACACUCUGGGCGAAGUUAUGUCGGAUUGAAUUGGAAGGAAACAAGGGAGAGGGAACAUUGCUCACUGAGCGUGAGAAGAAAAGUUUGCGGGAUGGUCAGGAAUUGUUUCGAUACGAGCUCCAUCAGCGGAUACCAUUGCUGGAGGAAUCCGUGACUUCUGCAGGGCUUCGGGAGCUAACCAGUUGGUUCACUGUGGCUCGAAGGUCCUGGGUCCGCCUGCCCACCACGUCUUCAUCGCCAAAGACACCCUCUAUAGACAUCGCGACCAAUCAUUUGGUGUCCAUGGAAGGUUCACUUCUUCCAUCGCGUGAUAUUUUCUCGAGUUUUGCAGCUCCUAAUGUUUUCAGAGACACCACACCAGGGAGCUGUCAGACAUACAAUAUGGCGAUGCGUGUGGCACGGCUGACGGAGGUUGUUGUUCUUUCUGUGCACGAUGAAAUGGCUCGACUUGGCAAUGAUGAGAACAUUGGGAAAGGUAAGCCAAAAAGUGCGCGUUUACUAGAGAAGGAAGAGAAGAUGCGUCAAUGCCUUUUGGAUGAAUUUCGCUGGCACAACAUAUCCUACCGUGCAGUAGUGUUUAAUAACGCGGCGGAAAGAGGUGAGAGAGGGGGUGCGAAGCCAAGUCCCACACACGCAUUGGAAUAA